UAAACAUGAUGGCCCUGUACUUUUUAAAUGCAGAUUGGAUAAAAACACAGUGAUCACAGUUCACACCUGCAGUGAAGCCCCUCCCACAACAAUUCACCAAUAAAUACUGGGAAUAUUCCCAUCAUCCUACAAGAGAAGGACAAACUCCAGGAGUAGCAGCUGAAAUCUGUGUGACUGUUAAAGAUGGAGUUUAUUAAAGAGGAGAUUGAAGACAUGAGUGAUCCAGAACCAUCCAGAAUAAAACAUGAAGAUACUGAGGAACAAACAGACCAGGUGAGAGUGAAAGAGCAAAGACAAGAACUGCAUGAAGUGGAGGAGGAACAUCGUAACUUUACAAUUCAAAGAACAAAAGCCAAAAAGACACACACCUGCACUCAGUGUGGGACGAGUUUCUCAGAGAAAGGACACCUUAACACACACAUGAGAAUUCACACUGGAGAGAAACCGUAUACAUGCACUCAGUGUGGAAAGAGUUUUACUGGUGAAUCAGGUCUCAGUGUUCAUCUGCUCAUUCACUCUGAAGAAAAGCCAUUUAACUGUGAUCAGUGUGGUAAAGAUUUUAUUUCAUCAUCAAAUCUAAAAUCACACCUGAAAGUUCAUUCAGAUGAGAAGCCUUAUGUGUGUUCUCUCUGUGGAAAGAGUUUUUCAAGGCUGGACAGUUUUAAACUGCACCAGAAAACACAUAAUGAAGUGAGAGAUUAUAUGUGCUUUGACUGUGGGAAAAGCUUUACUAGAGCUGAAUGUCUGAAACAGCACCAAAGAAUUCAUACUGGAGAAAAACCUUACAAGUGCUCAUAUUGUGACAAGAGUUUCUCUCGGUCUGGACACCUGAAAUUACACGAGCGAGUUCAUACUGGAGAGAAGCCGUACUACUGUACUCAGUGUGAGAAGAGUUUCACACACAAAGGAGCCCUUAACACACACGUGAGAAUUCACUCUGGAGAAAAACCAUUUAACUGUGAUCAGUGUGGUAAAAGGUUCAUUUCACCAUCAAAUCUAAAAAAACACCUGAUAGUUCAUUCAGAUGAGAAGCCUUAUGUGUGUUCUCUCUGUGGGAAGAGCUUUACUACAUCUUGCAAUCUGAAACGGCACCAAAGAAUUCAUACUGGAGAAAAACCUUACAAGUGCUCAUAUUGUGACAAGAGUUUCACUCAGUCUGGACACCUGAAAUUACACGAGCGAGUUCAUACUGGAGAGAAGCCGUACGACUGUACUCAGUGUGAGAAGAGUUUCACCCAAUCAAGAAGUCUAGUUACUCAUAUUAGAAAGCAUUGUUCUGUGUCACAGUGAGCAAAUGUUUUGUUAGAUUCACAUAAAGUAAAUGUGUAGUUAGUUAACUAAUAAACUAGUGUUCCUGUGAAUGCCACAAGAUUUG